CUGUAACCAAAGGCAGCGCGUAGUUUGUGGGUUGCGUCACCCAAUGGAAAGUGGACAGAUAUCAGUCGCAGUUAGCCUUUUCAGGGAGGCGUUCCCUAGUUUGGAUGAUGACAUUGCAAGCUACAUAGAGAGUAAUUAAUUAAGUAGUAUUUUUCACUUUUGUAGGUGUCCUAACGGAAAAUGCCGAGCAUUUCGACUCUGAAGACGAUGUGCAUGAUGCAAUUGGUGGAAUCCUGGAUGGAUUAUUUUCUCAGACAACCAACCAGGAGAUCGAGGUCUUGUGCAAAAAAAUUUAUCAGCUAAUGAAGCCAAAUGAUGGCUACGUUGAGAAACAGACCACUUUGGAUGCUCCUGUUCAAAUGGCAAGCUUAUUGGAUACUUUUAGUGAAAGAGUAGUAGAUAAUUCUAGCAUUUGGAUGAUGAAAAAGCAAAGCACUACAAUAGUUAACGCUAAAAAGUUGGAAAAGGCUGAAGCUAAGAUAAAAGAGAAGCAAGGAAAGAAAAUCAUUCCCGGAAGACCAGCUCCUGUGGGAAAAUCUGCUGAUUUAAAGGAAGAAGAACGUGCCACUGUUAGUCAACAGUUGGACAGACGGGAAUUAGUUGCCUCUGCCUGUGCUGUGUCUCAUGUUGGUGAUAUUCGUCUUGAAAACUUCGAUAUUGCGUAUGGAAGUAGAGUUCUUCUCCAAGGUGCUAAUCUUGUUCUUGCCUAUGGUAAGAGAUAUGGUUUAGUGGGUCGAAAUGGCUUUGGUAAGACAACUUUACUCCGAUCUUUAGCCAAAGGGGAUUUGCACUUACCACCGGGUGUUCGUGUACUACAUGUGGAACAAGAGGUUGUUGGUGAUUCUACACCAGCUGUGGAAAGUGUUCUUCAAGCUGAUACAGAAAGAUCUGCUUUACUGGCAGAAUUAUCUCGUCUUCAAGCACAAAUGAAAAAGAAUGCUGAAACAAAUUCAAAUAUAUCAAAUGAAAAUAAUCCUAUUGCUGUAAAUACAGUUGAAUCACGAGCUGCAGAAAUCUACUCUCGUUUGAAUGCAAUUGAAGCAGAUAAAGCUCCAGCUCGAGCAGCUGUCAUUUUACAUGGUCUUGGUUUUGAUACAGAGAUGCAGCGUAGACCAACUAAAGAAUUUUCUGGUGGUUGGCGUAUGCGUUUAGCUUUGGCACAAGCACUUUUUGCAAAACCUGAUUUACUUUUAUUAGAUGAACCGACUAAUAUGCUUGAUAUGCGUGCAAUCAUUUGGUUAGAAGAUUAUCUGCAGUCAUCGUCCAAUAUUCUUUUGAUUGUUUCACAUGACCGUAGUUUUUUAAACACUGUGUCAACUGAUAUCAUUCACUUAAAUUGCAAACGUUUAGACGCCUAUCGAGGUAAUUAUGAUGCAUUUGAACAAGCACGUGCAGAAAGGCUACUAAAUCAACAAAGAGAGUAUGAAUCUCAAAAAGCUGAACGUGACCAUGUACAGCAAUUUAUAGAUAAAUUUCGUUAUAAUGCAAAACGUGCCUCUCUUGUACAAAGUCGAAUUAAACAAUUAGAAAAGUUACCUCCUUUAAUACCCCCUGAAAAAGAAGUCAAAGUUGUUAUCCGAUUACCAGACUGUGAAAAACUUUCUCCACCGGUUAUACAACUUGAUGAAGUUUGUUUUCAUUAUGUACCAGAGAAACCGAUUUUGAAUCAUGUCAAUUUGAGUAUAUCACCAGAUUCACGUAUUAGUAUUGUCGGUGAAAAUGGUGCAGGUAAAACUACACUACUUAGAAUUCUUCUUGGAGAUUUGGAGCCUACUUCAGGACUGCGUCAUGCUCAUCGUAAUCUACGUAUUGGCUACUUUAGUCAGCAUCAUGUUGAUCAAUUGGAUUUGAAAUUAAGCAGUUUAGAAUUUUUGAUGCGAAAAUUUCCUAAUCAAGGUGAACAAGUUUAUCGUUCUCAGUUGGCAAAUUUCAAUAUAACUGAAAUGUUGGCCCUUCAACCGAUUGGAAGUCUUUCAGGAGGUCAAAAGUCACGAGUUGCAUUUGUUGCAAUGUGUAUGUCGAACCCCAAUUUAUUAGUUCUCGAUGAACCGACCAAUCAUUUAGACGUUGAAACUAUUGCAGGUUUAUCGGAUGCUUUAGUUAAAUUUUCCGGUGGAGUUGUCCUAGUUUCACACGACGAACGCUUAAUUCAAGCUGUAUGCAAUGAAGUAUGGGUAUGUACACGUAUGGGAAUAGAUCCUGUUGAAGAGAACAAAGGAAGUCGUGUAUAUUCGCUACCUGGUGGUUUGGAUCAAUAUAAGAAGGCUGUUCGUGUUGAACUUGAACAAUUAAAAGUGUAGUGUAAAGUAAAAUAAUGCAGAAAAAUGUAACUGUUGGGACCGAAGGUGUUUUAUGAUGAAAUAUUCUGAUUUUUAUUAUCUAAUUCUUCAAGAUGGAUGAUUAUGAAUUUCGGCUGUGCUUUAUUCAUUAUUCGCCGACUUGUUCACUUCCAAUCAGAUGAUUUACUCUGUGUAUUAUUUCAAAUAUUAUUAUUUGAAUAAACACUUGUGGAUAUUUGUUUUAUUUUUAAAAAAGAGGGUAGUUGUGUGUGUGUGUGUGUAGCCAGCAAAACUGAACACU